AAUAGCUUACAUAGAAAGGAAUAGUUUCACAUCUGGCUCUGUAAGAGAAUUGUGUGCAGACAUAUUUUCUACUGAAUUUGAUCAAGAAAGGAUGGGAUACUGGAGUCUGGAGAUGCUGUAUUGUGAUGACAUAGAAGAAAAAUGACAUCAUAGUUCCCUCUCCAUAUGCGCGCAUCACUGUUUCUCACUGAUAUAGAGGCCCGAAGUCAUAUUUUAUCCUUAGGAGAAAAGCAGAGGAGGACCUGUAAGCCUUCCUCCAGCAAUCCCUACUUAUCUCCAAUAGAAUAUAGACUUAAGCCCGCGUACCAUUUCUGAACACCACCGACAUGUCCCGUUAUAAGCAUUUCCAUGCCAAAACCCGGAAUUCCCUAGAUUUAGUUCCACUCGCUUCUUUUGUUCCUACUGAAACACCUGCUUUAGAAAAUACAGCACGCCUUUUAAUGCUGUCCGCUCCCUUUGUAUCCCUGGGAGGACUUUCACCAAAUGAGAAGGAGAUUGCAAAGAUUGCACCUCCCUUGAAACCACGUUUUUUCCGCAACCAAACUGGACACACCAAUCGUUGGCAAAUUCACCUUAGUCCAACAUGUGACCUACUUGGAAUUACACAAGCUACUAAGGCUGCCCAAGUGGGCCUCAAUGAGACACUGAUGAGAAUGAUGACAGUUGACACACCCCUUUCCCUGUCUGAAGGCGAGGCCUUGAAGGCGGGGAUGCAGUUUCGGAAAAGGAUUUUGCCCCAAGGAGACCCACAUGAGAUGCUUUUUUCUUUUACACAGAAGAUCACUGAGGGCAUGGAACCAGAUGUCAUACUGGAGUGCUUGGACUUUGAAUGGGAACUUCAUCGCAUGUACUUCUUUAAAUCCCAGGUCCUCUCGCAGCUACUUGCUGUAGCUGUAAAGAAUACUGAUUUAGAUACUACAGACAGUAGUUCCAAAGUCAACAAAGAAUUCAAGUGCUACUAUAAACAGUAUCUACUAUCUGCCCGGAAACAUACAGAAAUCUCCCAACCGCAGAAAAGAAUGACCAAAGUCACAAUUGCCUUGGAGAUCAAUGAUCCAGAUGUCACUCGAUUUGCCUUUGCUAUAGCACUCAGGAACCUAUACAACUCCGAAAUAGAAGUAAAUGAAGAAGAUGUCCUGGGAAUCCUGGCUUCUGCAAAUGUAUUACAAUUUCCUACUCUUUUCUACAAGUGUGUACAGAUCAUGAGAAAUAACAUAGGCACAACCAAUGUCUGUAGUUAUUAUUCCGCAGGCUGUAAGUACCAGCAAUCAGCCUUGAUCUCCGAUUGUGAGAGAUGGGUAGAAGUGAACCUUGUCCCGCAUCUUGGCUCUCAGAUUCACUUGAGGAAGCUGCCACUAGAACUGCUGCAGAAAGUGCUCAAAUCUUCAAGGUUAUUUACUUUCAACGAAUUCCAUCUCUUGCGUACUACACUCUGCUGGGUCUUCUUGCAGCAAAACCCCAAAAUCCAGAUAAUUCCAUCUUAUGAUGCCAUCCUCACAUAUUUCAGCAGCCUGCCCAAGAUAUGCGCCUUCCUGGAAAGGGAAGUAGGACAGCGAUACAUAGCUAUUUUUCAGUCCCUUCGUUUACAUGGCAUCACUUCAAGUAAACAUCUGGAAGAACUAUGGGAUAUUAACUUCCUUCCUUUGCCGUGGCUGACAAGGAUCUUGUCUGAUCAUUACCAUGCACUAGAGAAUGGUGGUGACAUGGUAUUUCAGAGUGACUUUAACACCCAGGCAGUGAGAUUUGGCUUGGUGCUUAGAGAGGAACCAAGAUACCAUGCUGAAAUCAUUUCCAUUUAUGGAUUCUUCUUUGAGAUAAAAGCAGUCAGGCACGAUGCUUCAGCAUACAGUUUUUAUAUGCAGAGAGUCAAACAUGCAGAUCCAAUUAUAACCUUUUUUACCGCCGAACGAAGCCCUGUCAGCUUAAAGCAGGAGCGUGAAGUCAAGUAUGAAAUAAAAGCCCAGUGCCAGAUAGAUGGGAAGUGGGAAGAAUUCACUACUGGGAGACUUACCCAAAAGUUUGGUGUUAAGAAACCUGCUUCAAAAAGUAAGGUCCUGAAAGCAAGUAUUCCUUCAGUUCCCGUCUAUGUGACCUUUUCUUUUCUUUUCCCAUCCUCAUAAAAGACAACAAGCACUCCAGAAUCAUCCAUGGAAGAACUUAUUUUGACACCCACUGUUGGAUAAAUACUUGAAGAGCCUGAGCUAUUCAGGCAGGAGGUCAAAUUUGACAUAAAAUGAAAAUAAACUGCAGUCUCCAUUAAUGCAGGGCUUGUUUGGAUGUGCAUCACAUCUAUAUUUUGCCUUUGUUUCCUGUAGCUAAUGCUUCUGAUAUUUUCUAUGCUCUUAGGCAUGGGUGCCAAUUGCCGGUUUGGUUCUUAUUAGCAAAUACAGAGUUUGAUCUAUUCCAGAGAAAACCGACUGUACACAUCAGAUUUUAUGAUGCUUUUUUUUUCUUCCACACUCUGAAGUUUUCACCCAGCUGCAUUGCAAACCUCUGAGCUAUUGCUGAUAAUUGGAAAUGAUUAACAAUGUUAACAUGCCGAUCAUAAAGGUACCCGGCAGCCAACCUUUUUCCGACCUCCACUACAGGCUGUUUCCUCAUAAAACACAAGUCAUUUAGAUACCAAGAGACUGAGAAUAACCUAUGGGUCUGUAGUUUAUUCUUGCAUUAUAUCCAGUUCUUUUUAGCUAUUCCUGUACUUUACCCAUGUAUGUUUGUGUAUGUUCAUGUGUA